UAGCAUUCUGAAGCCUCAGCUUUGAAAGUGAUGAUGAGCAGAGACGUAUCUAAAGGAAACUAACAGCUGGGUUUGGAGCUCUGCCGCUUGUGACUGCAUUCACAGCAGCAGGUAUGCAAACUGCAGUCUCCUAACUUCCACACAGAUAAAGACUGGGAGAAAAUCUCCAAGACUCCCUGAACAAGGCGGCUGAAUCAGUUCUCAGGGGAUUUGAAUUCAGCUGCUGACUGAAGAUGAAUUCCACUCACCACCAUGGGAUGCACACCUCCCUCCACUUUUGGAACCGCAGCAGCUACGGGCUGCACAGCAAUGCCAGCGAGUCCCUGGGAAAGGGCUACUCCGAUGCAGGAUGCUAUGAGCAACUUUUUGUCUCCCCUGAGGUGUUUGUGACUCUGGGUGUCAUAAGUCUGCUGGAGAACAUUCUAGUGAUUGUGGCAAUAGCCAAGAACAAGAACCUGCACUCACCCAUGUACUUUUUCAUCUGUAGCCUGGCCGUGGCCGAUAUGCUGGUGAGCGUUUCGAAUGGAUCAGAAACCAUCGUCAUCACUCUGUUAAACAGCACAGAUACGGACGCACAGAGCUUCACCGUGAAUAUUGAUAAUGUCAUUGACUCAGUGAUCUGUAGCUCCUUGCUUGCAUCCAUUUGCAGCCUGCUUUCCAUUGCAGUGGACAGGUAUUUUACUAUCUUUUAUGCCCUCCAGUACCAUAACAUUAUGACUGUUAAACGGGUUGGGAUCAUCAUAAGUUGCAUCUGGGCGGCUUGCAUAGUUUCAGGGAUUCUGUUCAUCAUUUACUCCGACAGCAGUGUUGUCAUUAUCUGCCUCAUCACCAUGUUCUUCACCAUGCUGGUUCUCAUGGCCACUCUCUAUGUCCACAUGUUCCUGAUGGCUAGGCUUCACAUUAAGAGGAUCGCUGUCCUGCCAGGCACUGGUACCAUCCGCCAAGGUGCCAACAUGAAGGGGGCAAUUACCUUGACCAUCCUGAUAGGAGUGUUUGUUGUCUGCUGGGCCCCAUUUUUCCUCCACUUAAUAUUCUACAUCUCUUGUCCCCAGAAUCCAUACUGUGUGUGUUUCAUGUCUCACUUUAACUUGUAUCUCAUCUUGAUCAUGUGCAAUGCAAUCAUUGACCCUCUCAUUUAUGCACUCCGGAGUCAAGAACUGAGAAAAACCUUCAAAGAGAUCAUCUGUUGCUAUCCCCUGGGAGGCCUCUGUGACUUGUCUAGCAGAUAUUAAAUGGAGACAGAGGAGAUAUCAUAAACCUGCAGAAGAGUUUUUCACUCUGGUA